AUGUCGCACUGUCCGCGGGAUCGCGUGUUUGUUGAAAAAGUGCUGAAGAGACUUUUUCCUCAGGAUCCACAUGGCCAAGAAAAGAGGGCACGUCUGCCUGCGGCCUCCGAAACCCCUCCCGAGAAAGAGCGAUGCCGGCGCGUCCCCCCGUUGGCAGGUGGCGGCACUGGGCCCCCGCCUGGCCGGCGGCUCUACACUGUGGCUUUGCCUCCUGAGGGCUAUGUUCCUGUUGCUGCCCCUGCCCAGCCGGAGCCCGAGCCUGAGCCCCCGCCCCCGCCCCCCAGCUGCACGGAUUCCGAGGGCUCCUCCAGCAGCGAGGGCGUGGCAGAUCGGGAUCCUCAUGAUCAACCGAAGAGAAGAAGAAUUAGGAAGCAUAAAUCAAAGAAAAAAAUUAGACGUCCCAGCAGCGUUCACGUAGAAGAGGCGGAAUUAGAGAAGCAGCAGAGCCUGUUAGAAGAAAGGCUGCAGCCGCGGCACGCAGACGGCCCCGCCAUCAGCAAAAACAAGAAGAGGAAACUGAAGAAGAAGCAGCAGAUGAAAAGGAAGCGGGCAGCCGGCGUGCCGACGAAAGCCGCCGGCAUCAGCUUCCUGUACGCGCCCGGCGAUGGAGCUGGGGGACUCCAGCGAGGGGGCCGGAGGGGGCGGCUCCGAGGCCGAGGCCCCGGGGGACGAGGGGACAAGGAGGACCGUGAAGACAGCGUGGACGCCGAGCAGGACGGGGGCAAAGGCUCCGACGACCAGGCAGAGGGUAUCCUCGAUUUUUUGAAGUCAACACAGGAAAUGUAUUUUUAUGAUGGUGUCUCCAAGGGCUCGGACCCAGCCUUCCUGGCCGCCUCGGAGGCGCUGUUGAGGGGCCUGGGCGCUGGCAGCGUGCCCCCCUCCGACCUGCGGGCCCUGGGCCACAUGAAGGCGCUGCUGCUCCUGCGGGAUCCUGGGGGGCUGCGGCGCGCCCUGCAGGUGUUCGAGGAGCACUGCACCCUGCCGCCAGACCAAGCCCGAGUGGUCUCCGCCUUCUUCAGUUACUGGCUCACCCACGUCCUUCCUGAGAAAACGGGGAGUGAACCCGGAGGGAGCAGCUCCUGAGCAGAGCUGACACGGAGCAGGAAGCCCUAACAGGCAGCAGGCGCUGAGCUCACGCCCUCGACACAAAGACACGAGGCCCCGGUCCUGGGAGGACGUUCCUGCCACGAAACUUACCCCGUGUCCCGUGUUGGGCCGGCGCCCGAGGCUCCACCCGCACCGCACAGGCACAGACCAAACACGUCUUGCACCACCACCCAGUGAUCGGGCGGUCUUUAUUCCUGUGAAAACGAAAAGUGCGUGCCCUGUACAGGUGAGGAAGCCGGCAGUGUGAGGCUGUGGUCUGUUAAAUGCUGUGGUUCAAGUCGUGCG